ACUAUGUGCCGUAAAUUUGAUAUGACGUGCUUUUAUGUGGUUUGUUCAUUUGUCGCACUCAAUCUUAGGCUCUGGCGCUCAGGGCAAUUCUUGAAGUCUCAUCUGAUUUCAGUCAACUUGAUGUCUUCUAUCUGCAGCCCAACUCUCUUAUUAUCUGUUAGGUGCGCAUGGAUCAUGUAUUGUGAUCAAGAUUAGUCUUGAGCAAUCUGUUCUUUGUUAAAGGCUCAAUAAUUUACCAAAUAUUCAUCUUAAAAAAAAAAAUCCAUUUUUGAAUGUUAAAAUAAGAAAAAUGUUGGGGAGGAAAUUAAGUAAGCUGCACGCUCUGUUUUCUCUUUAACACGGCCAAACAACACAUAGGAAGAGGAUCAAGGAACCAUAUUUUUGGAUCACACUUCCCAAAGGAUGUUGUAAAAACAACUUAAAAACGCUAACCAAGAUUCAAACUAUUCACUAUUUCACUUCCACCAAAUCUUUGCAUAACUCUUUUUCAUAAUAACAAACUCUCCUUUCUGUCUCACGCUAUCAAAAUCUCCAUAUACAAAUCUAAUUAUAACAAACAACCUUCUUUCUUCAAAGAUCUCUGGGUGUGGGGUUCUGGGUUUCAUUUCAAUUUUUUUUUUUCCACAAUGGAGAAGAAGGUGGUCUUGGCUGUGGUGUGUGCCGCCGCUGUGGCUGGGACUGUUACGGCAGCGAUCGGCGUCAAUCGAAAAAUGGGGAAGGAUGGUAGAUGGGCCAGAGCAAUUGAAAUAGUCAAAGAGAUGGAGGAGAAAUGUGCCACCCCUAUUGGAAAGCUGAAGCAGGUUGCUGAUGCCAUGGUUGUGGAGAUGCAUGCUGGUCUUGCCUCUGAAGGUGGAAGCAAGCUUAAGAUGCUCAUCAGCUAUGUCGAUAAUUUGCCUACCGGUGAUGAGAAUGGAUUGUUUUAUGCAUUGGAUCUUGGGGGAACAAACUUCCGUGUAUUGCGGAUGCAACUUGGGCAGGAGGAUGGUCGUAUUGUUAAUCAAGAAUUUGCAGAGGUGCCUAUUCCUCCUAAUUUGAUGACUGGGACUUCUGAUGCACUGUUCGACUAUAUUGCAGCAGAACUUGCAAAAUUUGUAUCUCAAGAAGGUGAAGAGUUUCAACUUCCUCCUGGUAAAAAGAGGGAAUUGGGUUUCACAUUCUCAUUCCCUGUUACGCAAACAUCCAUUGCUUCUGGGACUCUUGUUAGGUGGACAAAAGGCUUCUCAAUAGAUGAUGCAGUCGGCCAAGAUGUCGUAGCGGAAUUAACCAAAGCUAUGGAAAGGCAGGGUGUUCAUAUGCACGUGUCAGCUCUGGUCAAUGAUACAGUUGGAACCCUAGCUGGAGGCAAAUACUUCCACAAGGAUGUUAUUGCUGCCGUGAUUUUAGGUACUGGGACAAAUGCUGCUUAUGUGGAACGUGCACAUGCAAUACCAAAAUGGCAUGGUGCCCUACCUGAAUCUGGCGAGAUGGUUAUCAAUAUGGAGUGGGGUAACUUUAGGUCGUCACAUCUUCCACUAACUGAGUAUGACCUUGAGUUGGAUGUUGAAAGUUUAAAUCCUGGUGAACAGAUCUUUGAGAAGAUAAUUUCUGGCAUGUACUUGGGAGAAAUUGUACGCAGAGUUCUACUAAAGAUGGCUGAAGAAGCUGCUUUUUUCAGUGAAACUGUUCCUGCAAAACUUAAAGUUCCUUUUAUAUUGAGAACACCGGAUAUGUCAGCAAUGCAUCAUGAUACAUCCUCUGAUCUUAAAGUGGUGGGAAAUAAAUUGAAGGAUAUUUUAGAGAUAUCCAACUCGUCACUGAAAACAAGAAAAGUUGUUGUUGAGCUCUGCAACAUUGUUGCCACCCGUGGAGCACGACUGGCAGCAGCAGGAAUUUUGGGGAUCCUAAAGAAAAUGGGGAAGGAUAAAGUCAAAGUGGGGGAUAAACAGAGGACAAUGAUAGCCUUGGAUGGUGGAUUGUAUGAGCACUAUAGUGAAUAUAGCAAGUGCAUGGAGAAUACUCUUAAUGAAUUGCUUGGAGAAGAAGUGUCAAAAAGCAUUGAGAUUGUGCACUCUAAUGAUGGAUCUGGAAUUGGAGCUGCUCUACUUGCUGCCUCGCAUUCACAGUAUCGUUGAGACAUAAGACAUCCUGAUAACCAUGGGAAAGAUUUCUGCUUUUGUUUUUUGUGGGGCUUCAUUGCAACCUCUUGCUCAUGUUUUUUAUUGAUCUUCUUCUUCAACAUUGAUUUAGAAGAAUGGUACCCUGAAUAUUUAAGUCACACCUUCAAGAGGUGGAUUCAAUAUAUAUUGAAGCAGGACCCGGAAGUGGCCAAUACUUUUCUGCUUCAGCCUGCAAUUCCAACAGAUUUGUUUCUGCUGGUGGUAAUAAUAAAUUUAAUUCUUUAAA